ACUGCGGCUCCUGCGGGGCGCGGCCCCUUUAAGCGCAGUGCGGGCGGAAGCGCGGGCAGAGGCCGCGGAACUUUCCGCCGCUUCCGCUUCCUCCCCCGCCGCUCUCGUGACAUCCGCCGCUUCCGCCCCGCGCGCGGCCUUUUCCGCCCAGACCCGGCCAAGAUGGCGGAGGUGGAGCAGAAGAAGAAGCGAACGUUCCGCAAGUUCACCUACAGAGGGGUGGACCUGGACCAGCUCCUCGACAUGUCCUAUGAGCAGCUGAUGCAGUUGUACAGCGCUCGGCAGCGCCGGAGGCUGAACCGGGGGCUGCGGCGCAAGCAGCACUCGCUGCUGAAACGUCUGCGGAAAGCCAAGAAGGAGGCCACCGCCCAAUGGAGAAACCCGGUGGUGAAAACCCACCAGGACAUGAUCAUCCUCCCCGAGAUGGUGGGCAGCAUGGUGGGCGUCUACAACGAAACCUUCACCAGGUGGAGAAUCAAGCCCGAGAUGAUUGGGCACUACCUGGGGGAGUUCUCCAUCACCUACAAACCCGUGAAGCACGGCAGGCCCGGGAUCGGGGCCACAUCCUCCCGCUUCAUCCCCCUCAAGUAACCGCGGGGGGAGCUCUGCAAAUAAAGAACUUUCCUCCCC